AUGACGUCAGGCACGCGGCUGCCGAGCUGGAAGGAGAGAGAGAACAACAAGAGGAGGGAGAGAAGACGAAGGGCCAUAGCGGCGAAGAUCUUCGCCGGACUCAGAAUGUACGGCAACUAUAAGCUCCCCAAGCACUGCGACAACAACGAGGUCCUCAAAGCUCUCUGCAACGAGGCCGGUUGGACCGUCGAGCUCGACGGCACCACUUACCGCAAGGGAUGCAAGCCUGUUGAACGUAUGGACAUUGUGGACGGAUCAGCAGCUGCUAGCCCGUGCUCAUCUUACCACCCAAGUAACUAUGCUUCCUACAAUCCAAGCCCUGGCUCAUCCUCCUUCCCUAGCCCAGCAUCAUCUUCCUAUGCUGCUCAUCAGAAUGUUGAUGGCAGUUCCCUUAUCCCAUGGCUAAAACAUCUCUCCUCCGGAUCCUCUUCUGCCUCCUCUUCCAAGCUACCAAAUAUGUACAUCCAUGGUGGCUCUAUUAGUGCCCCUGUCACGCCUCCAUUGAGCUCUCCAACUUGCAGAACACCCCGGAUGAACACGGACUGGGAACAGUCUGCUCAACCGGGAUGGGGUGGGCAGCAGCACUCCUUCCUGCCAUCUUCUACUCCACCAAGCCCUGGCAGGCAGAUUAUUCCUAGUCCAGAAUGGUUUUCUGGGAUUCAAAUUCCCCAUGGACCAACUUCUCCGACAUUUAGCCUUGUCUCUUCAAACCCAUUUGGGUUCAAGGAAGAGGCUUUAGCUGGUGGAGGCUCUCGAAUGUGGACUCCUGGACAGAGUGGGACAUGCUCUCCUGCCAUUGCAGCAGGCUCUGAUCACACUGCAGACAUUCCAAUGUCUGAGGUGAUCUCUGACGAGUUUGCAUUCGGAUCAUGCAACACAGCAGGGCUGGUUAAGGCAUGGGAAGGAGAAAGGAUUCAUGAAGAAUCCGGAUCUGAUGAUCUAGAGCUCACUCUUGGGUGCUCAAAAACCAGGUAAACAGUUGGACAAAGUGAACUUGAACCAUGUAAUGUUAUGGUGCAUGUAAAGAGGAGCUCAAAGUGAGAGAUCACUAGUUAUUGUAUGAAACUAUGAACAUUGAGUUCUUGUUUGUGCUAAUCAAGGUGAGCACUAGUGGUUGCUCAGUUUCAAUUUUUUUAAUUUUUUAAUUUUUUUUAGACUGUAUUUUCUGCCAAGUCAUAUAUUAGUUAGUUACUUCUAGGUCUGGGGGUGUAUUACAACCCAUAGCAAGUGUCUUGUAACCCAAUAUCAUUGGAGAAGGACUGGUAACAUGUAUGAAUUGGCUUCUGCCAUUGAAAGAAAUUGGGGUGUAAUUCAGUGGUCAAAUAUCUUCCAGAAGAGAGCGUCUCCUUUUUGGCUUUUGCCUUUGGCCUUUGGCCUUUGUAUGUUCGUUGACAUUAGUAUCUGUUUGGUAGCAAUUGGCAUUUUAGUUA